GAUGAGUACGUGGGGUGUGCGGAGUGGAUGGAGCGUAAGGCCCCGGUGCUGCUCCGCAUGGAGCGGGGCCAAAGCCGCUUUUUCGCCGCCGUGUGGGACCGAGCGGCCGCCACCUGGGCGCAGCAGAAGCUGGGUCAGAGGCUGCCCGCGGGCUUCAGCGACCUGCACGGCACGGCCCUGGUGGCCUACACAAACGGCACGCUCCUGAGGCACUUCCACACUGCUGUCCGGCGCUACGCCUCCUCCCGGACCCGCUACCUGGCACGCUUCCGUUUCAAGGCGCUGCACUUCUACCUGACCCGCGGCCUGCAGCUCCUGAGGGGCCCCUGCUCUGGCCAGCCCUGGAAGGCCGCCUAUCGCCUCUGCCCGGGCUGGCUCUACCCGGGCCAAAGAGGCACCGUCCGCCUGGGCCAGCUCGCUUCAGCGACGCUGGCCCCCUGGCCCGUGGCCGACUUCGACACCCUCCCGGCUUAUGCGGUGUACAGCUGCUUCAGCGUCCCGCUGGGGCCGUUCUCUGGCCACUCCGGCCAUGAGGAAGUGCUGGUGUCCGGCAACGAGGAGUUCACGGUGGUCAGGGAGAAGGACCAGGGCUGGGGAGGGCCCAGCUUUGCCCUAAAGAGCGCCAACCGUACCUGCAGCCACUUCAACUGCGCCUACCUCGGGGGAAGGAGAAGUGCCAAAUGCAUCUCCAGACACAGAAAAAGACGGUCUCUCCACUCGUCCCUACCUCCGUCCCGCACAGCCCAGCGGUCAGCCGCCGGAGUCAGAAACACGGUCCCUGGACGUCUGAUGUCCUUGUUUCUUCCUGGGCUCCUUGUCCUGCUCCGCAGCGCUGGGCCGGAUCUCUGGUCUGCUUUCUGA